GGGGGUCACGCUAGGUUGUGUUACGCUAUAUGUUGUGUUGUGCUCUAUUGUGUUAUAGUACACUGUGUGACUUUAUGUUGUGUUACCUCAUGUUGUGUUCCCUUGUAUUAUAACAUUACGUUGUGUUACAUCUUUAUUACUGACGCUCCUGACGCUUCAGAGGACAAGCGAACACAUGGCCUCUUCUUUCCUCGUUCAGAUUAAGGAUGGAAAUUGCGAACCUAUUUUGUCAGUGUACUCAUGAGAAGUAUAUUUGAAAUGUGACUUGUUAUGAUGAAGUCUCAACGUACGUCUGAACCUCUUUUUGAAACUUGCUCCCAUGGCCUCAUUACAGCACAAAGUAAGCAAAAAACAGGAAGGAAGUGCGUUCCAUGUCUUGUUUUGUUAGCCGAUGUCAUGUUUGUACGAAGGACAUUCUGCUCCAGCCAGGAAUUUAUUUUUGGUCCAUCAUCAUAACAGACGUCACUUGCCUGUUCAUUUUCAUCCCAUGACUGAGUUUGACGCAUCAUGUAAAGAAUAAUAUCCCUGUGUGCAAGGUUUGCUUUGAAAGGAGAUGCUUAGUGAUUCUACUUGCCGAGUGGAGAACAAAAAGGGGAAAGCCUGGUGAGAAUCAGCAAGCUGAGACAAACAUUGGACGCGCUCGUCCUUCGACCACUCGCUGAUGUCUCUUCUUUCCUCAGCUUUUCAUCCGCCCCUGCUGCUGAAGGAAAAAAAAUAAUUAGGAUGAAAAUCGGUGGUUGAUCCAAGUGCUUGGGAUGCUCUGACUUCUUCUCGUGUGGCUUUUUCAGAAAUAGGCUGAUAAAAGAUUUACUUGGUUGCUCAAGUUCACACUUGAUGAGUGGUAAGCACUCCCGAGACACAACUCUUUGUUUACAAGCCAUUAGAAUUACAAUGCGCCAUUUUUUGGCACCUUGCGCUGUUGCGUCUGUUUGUUUUGAGGAAAGAGUGUCAUGGUGCUUUCGGGGAAGGUGGGAAGUUGGGCUUCUCCGACUUGCGACUAGAAAAAGUGCACUACAACAUCAGCAACAUCGAUUGUGUUGACAGAAAGGAAACCCACAACAUAUAGGCUAUCAUGGAUUUUUCUUAAUGGUAUUAAUCAUUUUGAGCGUAGUCUGUAAUGUUACGUCAUAGCGUUCAGGAUUUAAAAGUUAAAAACGGGGAGGUACCGUUUGCUAGUCAUUUGGCCCCGCAGCGUCAUGAAACGUGACGAACGGUAGAUGCAACCAAUUAGAUUUUGGAAGUUGGCAUCUGGCGAAUCGCGACAUAGUAACCUCCCAAAGUUUGGGCCAAUGAGUUUGUUGUUGUUAACAGAUCUGUCCAAUCACCGUCGAGGAGGCGGUUUCUCGUUCAAGGAGCGCGAACGGUUAAGAAUCUCCGAGGACGACAAAAUGGCGAACAUCGAGUGACUUUGACUGAAAAGUUUUACUUCAAGUGUUUUUUCGGACCAGGAAUAUAAACGAAAGGUUAUUAAUAUCUCCGAACUUUGUUGUUUAUUUGUAACGACGAUAAAGGUGGAACAUGUGAACUCGUAACGGAAGAAAAUAAGUAUCGUUAUGUCAAAGUGAGUCGCGCUCAAGAAGAUGCUAGCCGGCUAGCAUGAAAUGUCAACAUUAGUUUAUAUAAAAAUGUCUUUGACAUAAAAUGGCGGACGAUGGAUGGAUGAAGUUGAGCGGUGACGGCUUGCAGGGUACACUUGAUGUAAUGGCGUGUCGUCGAAGAUAAUAGCCAGUCGCUGCUUGACAGAAUGGCUUUACACAACCUAGCUUUUGUCGUCGACGUGGAUUCCGGAGAUCAACAAUCAAGCGAUCGGCUACAAGUCAGGAAUCAUCAAUUGAAACGUGGCAUUUUGCACAUCUUGCUGCACUUCGGCUACAAGUAUGGCUUCGACAAAGUACGCUGGGGUUACAAAUUCUUCCAAUCCGCGACUGGCCCAGGUGCCAGCCUGAUAGCAAGGGGCUCGGACUUCAAGGAGCUUCGCCACAAAACAUUUGAGGACUUCAGCGUGGAAUUCGAUGCCAAGUUUGACGGGAGAGAGAAACAAUGCGCGUCCCAGCAGAAUUGCAGCCAAUCUGCCUCUGUGCAAAACGCCCUGAAAGAAAUCCUGCUCGACUUCCAAUGGGACCGACCAGACCUCACCUCUCCCACCAAACUGUCCCUGAGGCCCAGGAAGACGAGGCGAGCUGCACCUUUACCAGAGGAGGACCUUCUUAUAAAUCAGGCGAAAAACGCGGUGUUUAUUGUGGCAGACUGUCCACAAAGCUGGACACAACUGGUGGACUACCUCAGCUUGACGAACCUUGACACGAGUGCGGAGGUGUCAGAGCACAUUCUAUCCAAAAGUAUCCAGGACAUGCUGGUUCAGAGGCAGGUUGUCCUGCACUGGGUGGACAGUACAUCGCAUGGGAAUGAGGUGCAAUGUGGGGACCACUUGGGCUUUGACAACUUAGCCCAGGCCUUGGCACAAGUACGUGGCAAAGUGCUCCCCGCAGUUGCACUCCUGAACCGCCGCUGGACUGGGAAGACACACUCCAACGUCGGGAAUGACAGUUUCCCUUUCCGGUCCAGUCUUGCAUAUUUGCUGUCUUCCGAAAGGCAGUACCGCCUUGCUUUUCCUGUCACGGAGGGCACUCUAAAACUGGACACAGGUGACGUUGCCCACAGCUGUGCUGUCAAUCUAGAACCGGUGUCCCGCAGACAGGCACCUCUCGCCGAGGGCGUGGAAGUGUGUCUGAAGGGUGUGCUGCAGGGCUGGGAUGCUUCGUCACUGUCGCACGCCUCCGCAGAGUCAUGGCUGCUUCGGUGCUCCAACACCAGCGAGCAAGGUGCUGCUUCCUUCCAGCGCGCACUCGUGGAGUUGUCGACUCGUUCGCUGCACAUGUUUGCUGAGGUGUGCCACAGCGGCCAGUCGUCCUCAGCCGUCCUCUCCCCUUGGUCCAACUUUACCGCUCUGCUCACCGUCCUCCGACCCGCCGACACUCAGUGUCAUCGCCUUGGCAACAUCGACAUCAUUUCCAACAGCGGCACAGAUGAAAUCUCAGCUGACCUUCCGGAAGUUGUCAACAGUGUGCUGGGCAUCGUCUAUGAAAUGAUGGAGCAAGACAGUGACAGCACCGAUGAGCAGCCAGCUGUUCCCUACGUGGUUCCCGAGUGGGCCCGGCAGGAACUCGGUCAUUGCUCACCCAGAGUCGGUUUGUGUGAGACUUGGUUUCCGCAUUCAGAUCACUCCGGAGUGACUUCCCAUCUGAUGGAGUCUUUCAGGUUGCUUCAUGCAGCUCCUGACCAAAGAGAGGAAGAGGAGCUUCUCUUCCAGACAGAGCUGAUCAGUGAUCUGGCAGAUCUGUAUCAGUCAUCAAAGGGUACCGAGAACAAAAGGGGCAAGAAACGAGGCUCACAGCGCACUCCGAUGAAGCAGAAGAUGAAGAGCAUGAGCCGCUCGUUGCAGAUGCUCAACGUGGCGCGGCUCAACGCAAAGGCCCAGAAGUGGCGGGCUGACGAAGAGCCGGCCGCGCCGGAGGGAAAAGGGGCAGAGAGACCGGCCAAGAGACGCCCGAGCGACAAGAACAAAGCCGAAAGAGUCGACAUCAUCCUCUUUACCAGUCAAGCCGAGCUGCUGUCCCACGUGCGGUCCGUCUAUGAGAAGAGCAAUGCAGAGAGAGCCUCAUCUGUCCCGGAUGCUGCUCAGCAGAUCUUGGCUGCUGUCAAAAGUUUCCUCGUGGCAAAAUCCCAACUGCAGGUCAACGCCGUUCCGUUUUGCCAGCAGCACCUUUUGAAGAGCAGCGGAUCCAUCAGGCAGACCUACGGCUCUGAUGCCGAUGUGGAGAGCAAAGUGCGAGAGUGUCAGCUCCAGGCGCUGCUCAGGUUGGAGUUAUGCAAACUUUUCUCCCCGGAGGAGGUUGAUGGGCUGGAUGCUGAACAGAUGGCAGAGGAGGUGGCUGAAAUGCUCCGAAUUAUAUCCUUAACAAAAGACCCAGCAUGCCUCGCAAGGUUCCUUCAGGAUGAAGUCCUCCCAGCGUUCUUGACAGCCAUCCCGAGGGUCCUUGCCGACAUUUACCACAGUCUGGGCACGCAGCUUCCCGAGGCCUUGCUGGCCGUCCUUCCCGCGGACUUCUUCAGCGACGAGUCGCUCGCCAAGGACAGCGUUUCUCCGUCGGCCUCCUCGCCCUGCCCCUCUGCACAUGACUCGCUUUCCAACUGUAGCGAUCGCCUGCAGGAUCUGCGUCAUCGCUCUGCUAACAAGAGGAGGAACGGGAUGCUGACUCGUCAUCGCAGUCUGACCGAAUCCUCACAGAGUCUACGCCAGAUAGAGAUGCCGAAAAAGACAACACGGGCUUCCAGAUCAAAAGUCUGUACAGCUCCGGAGAAACCAGUCACAGUACCGCAACCCCAAAAGCAACAAACCCAUGAGGUUACCAAAGUAAGAAGAAACCUGUUCAGCCCAGAGGCUGUGUCUCCGUCCAAGAAGAGCAAACUUUCUCGCAGCCAGUCUGUCUCCGUGGUGGAAGGCCCGAAACGCAAGCGAUCGCACAAGUCUGAGGAGAGGCACAGACUCAUCACAAACAAAGUAUGUGAGACGCCCCACCACAAGCAGGUGUCAAAUCGGCUCCUUUACCGACAAAAAAUGGGGCGAAGCUCCGUCCUAAAUGAGGAUUGUAUUGUGGAAGAGUCGCCGCUCAAACCCGCCGAAGAGGUCAGAAGGAGCCCGAGGAUAAAGGAGUUUUCCAGGAGACACUCCAACACUUUUUAUUCGAGUUCCCAACGGCGGUCCCGCAACCUGGAGAGGGCGCUCUCCGCCUCCCGGCUUCCGCUCAGCGAAGGCAGGACCGGUGAUGAUGUGAACGUUGAAAAAGUUCGCUCUCCCAUGAGGCUUCUCUUCAGCGCCGCCCAGUCUCCCGCUCGUCCUUCCACUUCGACGGGCUCGACGCGGAGCAGUGGGACUCGGCUGUCUGCAGACUCCAGUGUCUUUGAGAGUCCCAGCAAGACACCGGAAAAGACCCCCAAAAGAUGCGGAGGAGCCAAUUUUGGCAGCACAACUCCGAGAACACCGGCAACCCCCAAAACUGCGCCUUCUACCAGGCCGAGGGCUCUCCCUGCCGCGGAGAGCCCCGUCGGACAACUUGGUAUGGCCCUUCGGGGCAGUCCUUUCAGAUCUCCCGCCAGAAAGACUUUGGUGGUGGAGACGCACGACCAGCAAAGUCUCCUGACGAGCCCACUGAAGGGAAUUCUCAGGACUCCCGUCAAGUCUUAUGAAGCUGCCGCUUUUUCCUUCGCAUUACAUUCAGCUUCCGGGACUCCCAAAAAGAUGGUCUCUUGGUCUCCGUCGCCACGGAAGAAAUGUAGCGCUCCGGACGAUGCCAUCACUGUGAAGACGCCCGAAUCGGCUUGCGUUGCGUCUCGUCGUUCACCCAGAUUCUUGAAGACUCCGAACCGGUUCAGCAGCCCGCCGAAAAGCCCCGGCGACAAGGCGGAGACUUUCAAGACCCCCGACAAGUCGUGUCAAACAUCGCAUACCUUUCCCUGUCAGGUGAGCCGACGAAGGAUGUCGCCAGAUACAACAAGUGAAAGGAGACCAGAGGCGGUGCCGUUCCAGUUUUCACCACCACAAGUACACAAUGCCUUACCUGAAGCCACCACGAGACCUCACGCCAGGAUGCCCAGCCCUGUUCAACCGAUGGCCACUCGGUCCAGACGAACAUCUGCUUCAAGUCCCAAAAUUGGUUCCCCCUGGAAACAAGCUUUGGCAGCUUCAGUGGACCAUACGGUUGCGUCUCCAGAAACGUCACGGGCAAACACAGUUGCUCGAAUCACCCAUCCGAAGUCAAGAUCCCGGAGGGAGGACGGCGUUACUCUCGUGCCAAAUAAAGAAGCUGCUUUCAUUCUGGAAAGCACCAUGCAAUUAACAGAAGAGACAAAGGCCCAAAGUGUUGAAUCAUCUGCGAUUGAGAUGAGUUCUCAAUCGGAUUCACAGCUGUUGGACUCUUCACAACUCAACCCCACCACAGAUGACAGUCAUGACAUUGUGGACGCGUCGGUGGUCAAGACGCAGUUUAGCGGAGGCCUCAAGAUGAAUAUUUCCUUUUCCCGCAAGCCUUCAAAAUCCACCGAAGACGUUUUGACUGAGGCCACAUCCCCCAAGGACCCAGUUCAGGCCCAAGGUACGCCCGGUUGCAGCUACGGCUUCCGACAGACGCCCGACCGCCAGCAGCGUGAGGCGGCCGCACGUUUGGGCUACACCAGUGAAUUCCCAAGGUUCUCAACCCCCCGAGGCCCACCCCGGCAUCGGCAGCAACAAGGUACGCCUUCGCCAAAAUCCACUUCCUAUCAAGUUGAAAUGGAAAUGCAAACGUCCGGGCUUCCCAAACUCAAAUUCAAACGUACGGACUCCAUGAAUGUCAACGAAGUUCUCACCGAGAACGCUCCUCACCUGGGAGCUCAGAGUCCUUUAGUCGCUGUGAGGCCAUCUCAGCUGGACAACCCGUUGGCGUCGGUCCCCAAGCAUCGAGAUCCCGGUUACGUCUCGCCGUCCGUCUGUAGCCACGCCACGCCCGCAAAAGGCGGAGUGGUUCAGACCCACAUCUGCCAGUCCUACACGCCCACACGCCACCCCGCAGGGACCACGUCGCCCAGGGCCAUUGCGGACAUAUUCUCCCUGUCGCCUUCCCCGCAGAGUGUCGGGAAAUUGACCCCGGACCACCUGAACAGGUGGCCCCGGAGGAAAAGAGCCCACAUGGGUGCGGUCGGAGGCAAAGACCGCUCCCGGAAGGGCGAUCUGACAGACGAGGUGGAACUGGGAGUGAGCAGGUUGUCGGACGCGGAGGACCCCGAGGACUUCGGCGGUAAAGCGACGGGUGGAGUUUUGGCGUGGAAACAAGCGCGCUUGCCUGUUGGGGACGCCUCCCCUCGACAGCCCGAGGACAGCUGGAUGGCACCUGAGCCUCACCGAGAUGAAGAAGAAAUGAUGUGGACUGCCGUCGGUGGAGACGUCCCGUCCAUAGCCACACCUCCAGGCUCAGUGGUGAGGAAGCCGGUCACAGCCGGUGGGAUUUUGGCCCUCACUCAGUCUCCCUUGCUCUUCAAGGAAAAGCCCGCUUCCGCAAGCAGGGGAACGCCUCGCUUGAAAGACGAAUUCACAGUCGAAAGGAGGAUGGAAGCAGACGCGGGCGUCUCGGCCUUCAGCCAGCCCACCCGACGCUCGGGCAGCAGGAAGAGGCUCCUUCGCUGAUGCGGCCCGCAGGUCAAACUCGUCACACUUCUCCCUUUGUCCAUUCGAGGAUUUUUCAAGCCAACACUACAACGUGCUAUGAAUGAAUGGCCCUUUUCUCCACCUUUUAGUUUUCUUCGGAACCUUUUUAUAUAUUUAUGUAUAAAUGUAUUCAUGGACCAAUUGGGUUCAUUUUUCAAAGGUGUGUCGUUGCUGGAGCAAGUUCAAAAUCUGGAAACAAUUUUACUCAACCUCAUUUUGUCUCAGUGUGUCGUAUACGUGUUUAUUUAUUUAUUGCUGCUGUUUUUGUUUUGUUUUUUUUCAAAUGACAAAGCAGAUUUUAAGUCAAAGGGAAUGAUUGAAGCGUUUAUGGUCAUGUAAAUAUUCUACAUUCUUGUAAAUAAAUGCGAGUUUUCACAA